AGCGAGAGGUCUCUUCAUGGCAGCGCGAGUGGUGGCGUGACGGUUAGCUUAUAGUAGUACGUGUGCUUGUUGUUGGGGACAGGCUUGUUGGCGCUGAGGCUAGAAGCCCAAGAGAGGGAGAGAAACGCCUGCGACACUCACCUGACUGCACAGAAUCCAUAGAACCCGGCAGACAGGAUUUUACAACCUGCGGAGAUACACAAGGGAACUACACGCCCGGGGAGAACGUAGAACCAACAGAACCGAGGGGAGGAACCGAAAGGGAGCCGGAGCCUGGUGCUGAAGCUGAGAAGUUAAGGGAGAGGGCUGUUGAGGUGUCUGGGUGUGAUUGGGCACCCUCUAGUGAACAUUACUACUACUACUACUGCGACCACUAAGCUGAGGAAUCAGAUAUUUUCUGUCUUGGCUACUUUUCGCCCAUUAAGCAAUUCAAGAGGCCUCUGGUUCAGGGUUAAAUAGACACCAUGUGGUGUUUGGAGCUGCUUCUGCCGCUGUUGCUAAUCGUCAAAGAUGUCAGUGGCCAGUGGAACGUAUGGAUACCCAGGGACAUCUCAGCCAUGACCAACUCCUGCGUGGUCAUCCCCUGCACAUUCAUGUACCCGUCCGGUAUCCGUCUGCACUACGGCAUCCACGGAAUCUGGUACUUUGGCCAGCCCUACCCCCAGCUGUUCCCACCUGUGGUGUUCAAGACGCGCACAGAAAUCGUACAUGAAAGUUACCAAGGGCGUACCAAGCUCAUCGGGGACCUGCACCAGAGGAACUGCACUCUGCUCAUCAGUAAUAUUGGUACAGAGCACUCAGGGAGGUACUACUUCCGUGCCGACCUGGGCGGUGCCAACAUCUACACCUACCCAGACUUCUCUGAGCUCAAGGUGCUGGACCAGCCGAACAUUGACAUCCCCGAGGAGAUAGUCGCUGACGAGAAUCUGGAGUUGACCUGCUAUGCUCCAGACAACUGUCCAGAGAAUAGCCCAGAGAUCCAAUGGAUGUACACAGACUACCUGCCUGAACCUGAGUAUACCUCAGACUACGUGGCAGAGAGCAACACAGCCGUGCUGUCCAGCACGCUCACCUUCACCCCCAGGCCCAUGCACAACGGUCAGCUGCUGGGCUGCAGGGUCUCCUACCCCAACACCACCCUGGUCUACGAGAGACUCAUCUCUCUGGACGUCAAGUAUGCCCCUCGCUCAGUGUGGGUGAACGUGUCCGCGGAGGUGAUGGAGGGCAGCUCGGUAACGCUGCACUGCGAGGUGGACAGUAACCCUCCUCCCAGGAUCUCCUGGCUAUUUGGGGACCAGCAGCUGCUGUGGGACAGAGCCUCCAAUGCCUCGCUCUCCCUGGAGGACUUAACCCCCUCUCAGGAGGGUAUCUACACCUGUGUGGGGGAUAACGGCUACGGCGUCAUGAACACGUCCAUGUAUCUGGCCGUCUUGUACCCUCCCAGUGAGCCAGUGGUAAAUGGCUCCCUGACCAUUUUGGAAGGUUCCUCCAUCUCCCUGCAAUGUAGCACACAAGGCAAUCCCACGCCCACCCUCACCUGGCUGAAGGACGGGGAGCUGGUGGGCACCAUCACGGCCGCGGAGGUGUCUGUGCUGGAGCUUCUGAAGCUCAACCCUCAGGGAGACGGACAGUACCGCUGCCUGGCAGAGAACGAACACGGACGAGCCAGCAGCUCCCUCAACAUCACUGUGGAAUACGCCCCAGUCCUUCUGGACGAGUCCAAGUGCACAGUGGUGAGGGAGGGAGUCCAGUGUGUUUGCAUGGCUACGGGUAAUCCUGAGCCAAUCAUCGAGUUCUACCUCCCCGACAAGAACAUCACCGUCAACGACACGGACGGCCGCUACAACUACUACACGCACACGGACGGCCACACGUCCACGGGCAUGAUCAAACUACGGGAGAAGGGCGAGCGCCUGGGCAACAGUGCUGUCAAUGUGCACUGCAGCAUUAGCAACAUGUACGGGUCGGAGAGCUUUCAUCUGGAGCUACAGCAGGAGAAGAAGUACAUGAUGGCAGUGAUCGUUGGCACCAUCGGUGGAGUGGCUGUCAUCGCCUUCAUCAUCGCAGCAGUGAGAUAUGUGGGCCAUAACAACAAGAAAGAGAAUGGAAACCCUGGGCAGGACCUGGUCUCUAAACUGGAGAACCCAGCAUUGUACUACAGCACAGUCAAGAAGGACAAACAAUGUUUGAGGAAGAAAGUGCUUAAGACAGAGCUUCUGGGCUCAAAGUUUAACUCCAUUCUAGAGGAGAGCACGGGAGAAGACGGGGAUUAUCAACCUGUGGGCUCUAUGGCAGAACUGGAGAGGCAAGAGCUGAACUAUGCCGCCCUGGAGUUUCUGGGGGGGCGCUCCAGGGAUGGGGCCUCAGGGAGGGGGGAUGACGGCAGCGACUACACCGAGAUCAAGGCCAAAUGAAUCGCGAUCCUUCCCUGACCCAUCGUCACCGCGGGACACAGUGGCAGCCAUGUUGUCGCCCCCUUCCUCACGUCAUUCACCCCCUCUUCAAACGUCUUCCCCCUCCCCCGUGGACACCAUCACCACC